GUUUCUGCUCAUUUCUCUUCUCCUGAUCAUUUACUUCCGAGCAGCUGAUCUGCAAAAGUACCAUAAACUGUAGAGAAACUAAAUAAAUCAAAUUUUGAUAUCACCCCAAGUCUACUGCUGAUGUUUCCACACCUGAGACGCCUCCUGCUGUCAAGGAACUAAUUUUUACUACAAGGGACACGUUUACAAAUCAGCAGAAAGGAUGACACAGACAAACCCUAUGCCAAUGGGGCCUUGGAAGAUCACUGUUUACGAUCAAGAAAACUUUCAAGGAAAGAGGAUGGAGUUUACAGCAUCUUGUCCGAAUGUCAUGGAGUGUGGCUUUGAAACGGUCAGGUCCCUCAGAGUAGAAUGUGGAGCAUGGAUAGGAUAUGAGCACACAAGUUUUUCUGGACAGCAGUUUGUUCUGGAGCGUGGUGAAUAUCCUCGUUGGGAUGCUUGGAGUGGUAGCAAUGCAUAUCACAUUGAGAGAAUGAUGUCAUUCCGCCCAAUCUGCUCUGCUAACCACAAAGAAAGUAAGAUGACAGUCUUUGAGAGAGAGAAUUUCAUUGGGCGCAAGUGGGAACUCUGUGAUGACUACCCAUCCCUUCAGGCCAUGGGCUGGUGCAGCAGUGAAGUUGGAUCCAUGAAGAUUCAUUGUGGAGCCUGGGUCUGCUACCAGUAUCCUGGUUAUCGUGGUUUCCAGUACAUCAUGGAGAGUGAUCACCACGGAGGUGAAUAUAAGCACUGGCGAGAAUGGGGAUCCCAUGCCCAGACAUUCCAGGUCCAGUCCAUCCGUCGUAUCCAACAGUAAAACAUGUUCCAUCACUCACUAAGCAUUGGGUUGAGGAGAAAGAAAGGCAGUAUGUCAGAGCUUGUUUAUGGGAACAUGUCUGUGCUGCAGUUUGUCUGAUGGAAUAGGAAAUGAUACAUUUCUUAUCCUUUUAAUCUUCUUGAAAUAUUAUGUACAAAUUAUUCCAUCUAUUAGAAUUAAUAAAAAAAGAUUAA